AUAAAAAAAAAUAAAACAAUCACAACUUGAAGAAAGACUAAUUAUAUAUAUUUAUGGAAUGGAAGAAUAAUAUCCUAAUUAUAUCAUCAUAUAAUUCAACGCGCCUACGAAAAGAGCGUCACAAUAACGUUUGAUACGCGAGAGAUCGCAUCAUUCAACGUGACUUCGAGUAAUUAUUGUUGAUUCACUUAAUACCAUUCGGAUACCAUAAUUCUAAAUCCUUGUAGCAGAUUUUGAAUUGAUAGGAAAAAAUCAAGAAAAAUCUCAAAAUGCCUACGACAUUAGAAUUACUGUUCGGAUUAAUUGCAAUUAUCGUAGCAUUGUACUACUACUACACAUCAACUUUCAAUUUUUGGAAAGAACGCGGCGUGGCUGGACCAAAACCAUAUCCGAUUAUAGGAAAUCUUGGAAGGGCUUUGCUAGGAAAGGUUUCUACAGGAGAUUAUUUGAAAGAACUUUAUGAUAAUCCCGAAUACAAGAACGAACCGAUGAUCGGAAUAUUUAUAAAAAAAUCGCCUGUUUUAAUUCUGAAAGAUCUGGAUAUGAUCAAGAAUGUUCUUAUCAAAGAUUUUUCUAAGAUUUGUGAUCGUGGAGUAGUAACAUCUCCGAAGGUCGAACCAUUGUCACAACAUCUUUUUUCUUUGGAACCGAAAAAGUGGCGACCGUUAAGAACCCGACUUUCACCAAUUUUUACUUCGGGUAAAUUAAAGGAGAUGUUUGGUCUAAUAAUAGAAUGUGCUGAUCAUUACGAAAAUUAUCUUGAAAAAAUCGUUAGCAGAGGUGAACCGAUAGAAUGCCGUGAAUUAACAGCUAAAUUUACUACCGACGUUAUCGGUAGCUGUGCUUUUGGAUUAGAAAUGAACGCAAUAGGAGAUGAAGAUAGCGAGUUUCGUAAAAUGGGAAGAUCGGUCUUUGAAGUAUCUUUUCUUAAUAUAUUAAGAAAUCGAAUUAGAAAUAUGGCUCCUUGGCUUCUCAAUAUCUUAAUUUAUUUUAUCCGACGAGACAAGGUUACCGCAUUUUUUAAAGGAUCAAUAGUAAAUACUAUUAAAUAUAGAGAAGAUAAUAAUAUCUAUAGAAACGACUUUGUUAAUCUUUUAAUGGAACUGAAAAAAAAUCCAGAAAAAUUAAACGGCAUUGAGUUAACGGACGAUCUUCUCGCCGCUCAAGCUUUCGUAUUUUUCCUCGCGGGCUUUGAAACUUCAUCAACAACAAUAACUCAUGCUCUUUACGAAUUGGCUUUAAAUCCUACGAUGCAAGAUAAGUUGAGACAAGAAAUUAACGAGUUGUAUGAACACAAUGGAGAGAAAUUGCAAUAUGAAGAUGUAAAAGAAAUGGUUUAUUUGGAUCAAAUAUUCCGUGAAACUUUGAGGAAAUAUCCACCUGUAACAUUUCUUAUGAGAAAAACAAUGACGGAUUAUACGUUUGAACAUACAAAAGUUACAAUACCAAAAGAUAUAAAAAUUUGGAUACCAAUUUAUGCGAUUCAACGAGAUCCAGCAAUUUUUUCAUCACCGGAUGUCUUUAAACCUGAGAGAUUUAGCGAUGAAAUGAAUAAAACGAGACACGCGAUGACUUAUUUGCCUUUUGGAGAUGGUCCACGAAAUUGCAUUGGAUCCAGAUUUGCCGUUUAUCAAACUAAAAUAGGAUUGAUAAAAACUCUGAGAAAGUUCAAAGUCGAAAUUUGCGAUAAGACGCCUAUUCCUUACAAAAACAAUCCCAAUACGUUUAUUUUGUCGCCAACUGAGCAAAUAUAUCUCAAAUUUAGAAAAAUCGAUCAGGAUCAUAUUUAAAUUUUGCAUUUUUAGAUUAAAAGAAAAAAAUAAAAAAAUUAAAUUAAGAACUUUUGUAUAUAUAAAAAAAAAAACGUUUUUCUUAAAAGCUAAUACGAACAUAUUUUAAAUUUGAACUUUUAUUCGUUUUUAUAUUAACCGACAGAAUGAAUGUAUGUUAAGAUAAAAAAUACACUUAUAUUCAGUUACCGAUAUUAUCUAUAUAUAUUCUAUUCAUUUUUUUAAAAGAUCAAGACUGAUGUAAUUAUUAUUUUUUAAAUAUUAAGAAUAUAUAGAUUGUACUUUUCAUUUAUUAUUAAGAAUUUAAUUAAUCGCUCAUCCUACAUAUAAAUUGAUUUGAAAGUAGUGGCAGCUAUCGUAAAUUGGCUUUGAAAGUUAUAGAGAAGCAUAGAUAAAAAAAAAA